GCAAAUUGAUUACAGGUUUAUGGUUUAUUUAGCAUGCUGACCAACAGCUUAGACAGAAAUAUUUAUUUCUUAGCUUUUUGUUGGAUUUCCCUGUGUUAGCUGCAGUUCCUGUUGCAGGCGUUCUAAGGGCAGCCUGGUACAUUCCUUCCAAUAUACAGCCUUCCAUAUGAGCUCACCUUCAGCACUCAUCAAACACGCACACAGAGACUCUGAAGCCAUAACUGGAACUGUGUUUUAGACGAAGGGCACGGUGGCGAUAAGCUCUGAAGUGUGUGGCUAAAUGUAGAAGUCAGAGGUGAUAAGAGGUGGCUGAUGAGCCGACAUUCAACCAUCACAGCACACGGUCAAGAACAAGGCAGUUCUCUAACAGCCUGGAGGCGGUUAGAGCGAAACAAAGACACUGGAAGUUUCCUUUAAACUAAAAGGAUAUCAGCUUUUUUCUCUCUUGAAUAAGAAGUGGAAAAUCUUAGGAGUCCAAGGAGAGACCAGGAAAGCCAUUCAGUGCAUUACAAUACUGUAAACCACUGUUUGUUAUUGGAUAUAAAGUAGAGCUGAAACAUCCAGGAAGGAAGGCUGGAAGAGAGGAAGCCCCUGAAGGAUACGGAGACAAAACUACAGGUCAAAGAGGUGACCAGCAUGGAGGCAGAAAAUGAUUCGGCUGCUUUAUCGUCAGAUGGAGGGGUGGAAAAAAUGUUAACAGUGGAGGAAAAGAGAGAGGAGUUUCUCCAAGAGACGAUGGAGACGUCUGUGACAACAGUUCUUCAUCAAACUGGAUUAGUGGAAGAGGGAAAUGAAGAAGAAACCAAAGAGGAUGGAAAUGAAGGAACGGAGGAUGGGAAGGAGGAAGAGGAGGAGGAAGAGGAGACUAAAACAAAAGAGUUUUUAGGACAUUGGGAGGCUGAGGCCUCCACAGAUGAAAAGCCUCCACUGCCUGAUCCAGCCUUUAACAGAAGAUGCAGUUUGAUCCUCAGUGAUGUCAGGUAUAAGGAGGACUUUGAGAAGAUGAAGGGUCAGAGUCGGUUUGUGCCUGGAGCUGAGCUCAUCCACUCCAAGAACAUCAGCGCUGUGAUCUCUGAGUCGAAGUACAAGGAGGAGGGGAAGAAGGAGGCGUCAAUGUCUCUGUUCUCCAUCCUGCCUGAAACUCCACAGACGCAGCACGCUAAAGAAGCUUCAGAGCUGCAGAGCGAGAACAAGUACAAAGAAGAAGGGAAGAAGGAAAUGAGCAGCAGUUUUUACUCUCUGCUUCCUGAAACCACAGAGAUGCAGCUGGCCAGGAGCGUCCAUGAGUUCCAGAGCGAGAAAAAGUACAAAGAAGAUGGGAAAAGGAAGGCCUCCAUCUCCCUGUACUCACAGCUUCCAGACACCCCAGAAAUCCAGCAUGCCCUGGAGGUGUCCCAGCUGCAGAGUGAGGUGAAUUAUCGCACCAAGCUGACGGGUAGAGGAGCUCCUUCCUCUCUGUACUCCCAGCUGCCUGACACCACAGAGAUCCAGUUUGCCAGAGAGAUGACAGAGCUCCACAGUGAGAGUAAAUAUAAGGAGGGCAGCAGGAAGAGCCUCUCUCAGAGUUUUUACUCUCAGCUACCAGAAACAGCAGAGACCCAGUUUGCUAAAAGUGUUGCUGAGCUGCAGAGUCAGAUGCGGUACAAGGAAUCAGGGAAGAAAGCUGUGAACUCGUGUCUGUACUCUCUGCUCCCAGAAACCAUAGAAACGGCUCGGGCAAAGGAAGUAUCUGAGCUCUGCAGUGAGCGGAAGUAUAAAGAAGAAGGUUUGAAGGACAUGAGCAUCAACCUGUACUCUGUCCUGCCAGAGACCAUUGAAACUCAACACGCUAAGGAGGCGUCCAGCCUGCAGAGCGAGGUGAAAUACAAGGAAGGUGUGAAGGAGGAGAUUCAGAGCAGUUUGUACCAUCGGCUGCCUGAGACCACGGAGACACAGCUGGCCAAACAUCUGUCAGAGCUGCAGAGUGAUGUAAAGUAUAAAGAAGCAGGAAGGAAGCAGGCAAACAGCUGCCUUUAUUCUCUGCUGCCUGUAACUCUGGAAACACAACAUGCCAAAGAGUCUGCAGAGCUGCUGAGUGAGGUAAAAUACAAGGAGGGUGGGAAAAAGGAGCUGUCCAGCAGCCUUUACUCCACCAUGCCUGAAACAGCAGAAACCAGCUUUGCCAGAGAGGUCAGCGACCUGCUGAGCGAGGUUAAAUAUAAAGAGAACGGGAUGAGGAGCACUGCUCAGAGUCUCUACAGUCAGCUGCCAGAAACCGCUGAGAUGAAGUUUGCUAAAGAUGUCGCUGAGCUGCAGAGCGAGAUGAAAUACAGACAGGGGAAAAAGGACGUUUCUCGCUCCCUGUAUUCCACUCUGCCUGAGACGCUGGAAACGCUGCAUGCUAAGGAGACGUCCGACCUGACCAGUGAGCGAAAGUACAGGGAAGCUCUGAAGAAAGAUCUUUCCUCCAGCCUCUUCCAUCAACUGCCAGAGACGUUAGAGAUGCUCCACGCUAAGGAAGUCUCUGAGAUGCUUAGUGAGGUGAAAUAUAAAGAAGAUUGUAAGGAGAUGAACAUGAACAUCUACUCAGUGCUGCCUGAGACCAUGGACACUCGGCACGCUAAACAGGUGUCCGACCUGCAGAGUGAGGUGAAAUACAAGGAAGGUGUGAAGGAGACGAAUCAGAGCAGUUUGUACCAUCAGCUGCCUGAGACCACGGAGACACAGCUGGCCAAACAUCUGUCAGAGCUGCAAAGUGAUGUUAAAUAUAAGGAGGCUGGUAAGAAGGAGAUGAAGACCAACCUUUACUCCCAGCUCCCCAACACCAUAGAGAUACAGCGAGCCAAAGAAGCUGCAGAGCUGCUCAAUGAGAUCAAAUACAAAGAAAAUGGGAAGAAGGAAAUGUCCAGCUCGUUGUAUUCGACUCUGCCAGACACUUUAGAAACUAGCUUUGCCAGAGAGAUGACUGAGAUGCUGAGUGAGAACAAGUACAAAGAGGAAGGAAGGAGGAACCUGUCUCAGAGUUUUUACUCUCAACUUCCAGAAACAGCAGAGACUCAGUUUGCUAAAGCCGUCUCUGACCUGCAAAGUGAGAUGAAGUACAGAGAAGCAGGAAAGAAAGAAGCGAUGAACUCCCUGUACUCCUCUCUACCUGAGACCCUGGACACCUGUCAUGCUAAAGAGGCGUCCCAGCUGCAGAGCCAGCUGACAUACAAGCAGAAUCAGAAGAAAGACGCCUCCAGUCUCUACCACCUGAUGCCAGAAACCAUCAAUACUCAGUUUGUCCGACAGCAGAUGGAGAUGCUCAGUGAGGUCAAAUACAAAGAAGACGGGAAGAAAGAGAUGAGCAUGAACCUGUAUUCUCUGCUUCCUGCGACACUGGAGAGCCAGCAUGCUAAAGAGCUGAUGGAGAUGCAGAGCGAGGCGAAAUACAAAGAAGCUAGUAAGAAAGAGACUUCCACUCCUCUGUACCGCACCCUGCCAGAAACUCUGGAGACGCAACACGCCAAGGAGGCGUCAAAGCUGCAAAGCCAGCUGCUUUAUAAAGAAGGCUUGAAGAAGGAUCUGCAGUGUCCAGCUUACCACCAGCUUCCUGAUACUCUGGAGACCCAGUUUGCCCGAGAGGUCGCCCACAUCCAGAGCGAGAACAAGUACAAAGAGGAGGGGAAGAAGAUGUUGUCUCAGAGCGUUUACGCUCAGCUGCCAGAAACCAGCGAGACCAAGUUUGCUAAAGCCGUCUCUGAGCUGCAGAGUGAGACUAAAUACAAGAAGUCAGGGAGGCGAGAGGCCGGCAGCAGUUUGUUCUCAGUGAUGCCAGAAACCCUGGAGACCCAACAUGCCAAGCAGGUUUCUCAGAUCCAGAGCCAGGUGAAAUACAAAGAGGACCUUCAGAAGCAGCUGUCGUCCAGUUUGUUCUCCACCCUUCCUCAGACGCUGCAGACUGAACGGGCCAAAGAAGUCACAGAGCUCCAGAGUCAGGUGAAGUAUAAGGAGGGCUGUCAGAAGGAGGCGUCCUCCUCCCUGUACCACCUCCUUCCAGAGACGCCUGAGAUGCAUCUGGCCAAUCAGGUGUUGGACAUGCAGAGCGAGGUGAAGUACAAGAAAGAAAUGGAAGAUCUACCAAACACGCUUUACUCGCUGAUGCCUGAAACUCUGGAGACGCAGUUUGUCAAAGAAAUGGCGGAAAUUCACAGUGAGGUGAAGUACAAGCAGGAGGCGAAGGAGCAGACGUCUUCAUCGCUUUACUCCAAACUGCCGGAAACUCUGGAGACGAGACAUGCUAAAGAAGUGAUGGAGCUGCAGAGUGAAAAAAAAUACACAGAAGAAGGAAGGAAGGAGAUGAUGUGUCCUCUGUACUCCCAGCUUCCUGAAACUGCUGAGACACAGUUUGCACGAGAGGUGACAGAAAUCCUGAGCGAGAACAAAUAUAAGGAAAGUGGGAAGAAGAGCCAGACUGUUAGCGCUUACUCCCAGCUACCAGAAACCAGUGAAAUCCAGUUUGCCAAAGCUGUUUCAGAAAUUCAAAGCGAGGUCAAAUAUAAAGAAGCAGGACGAAAAGAAGCAUCCAGCUCUCUGUACUCAAAGCUCCCUGAAACUCUGGAGACUAAACACGCCAAGGAAGCUUCACAGCUGCAGAGUCAGGUGAACUACAAACAGCCAAUGAAUGGGUCUCUGUAUCAUCAUCUACCUGAGACCUCUGAGACGCGGCUGGCUAAGGAGCUGAGCGACGUUUGCAGUGAGGUGAAAUACAGAGAGGAGGGACAGAAGGAGAUCAGCAAGAACCUGUUCUCACACCUCCCAGAGACGGCAGAGACGCAGUUCGCCAAGGAGAUGUCAGAGAUCCAGAGCCAGGUUAAAUACAGGGAAGCAGGGAAGAAGGAGGCCAGCAGCUCUCUGUACCACCAACUGCCUGAAACUUUGGAGACGCGGCGUGUUAAAGAGGUUACUGAGCUGCAGAGCGAGAAAGAGUCGAGCCAGAACUAA